AUGUUGGCUUGGGUCGGAGUACUGCUGGUCUCAAUCUUGGCUUCCCUAGCGGCGACAGUGCUGUCUCGGAGAUGGAAAAUGGCGUUAUGGAUAGUUGGUAUCUUCUGCAUGCGCUGGACCGCACUUCAGCCGCCCCCAGGUCCAGAUUCAGGACCGGUCUCGGCGGACCCUCCGAGGCAGCCUAUCGACUACGCAGGCACGCCCUACGCUCAGUUUGGAGUGAAUAUCUACUCAUCUAAAGCAGAGAUUGUCCAGGCCAUCUCAGCAGCGCUGCAGGAGAAACCACUCUUCUCUACCAGCAUCGGCGGCAUGUCUCCCUCUCAGAUGGAGGCGCUUCGGCGGUACUCGGAGAUUCUGACGGAUCCGCUGCAGCGAUGUGUAUACCACAAGGACACAGGGAUGCCUGACUGGUACGGCGUACCGCGGUCCUGCUGGAGCGAGGGCGUAUUGGACAAACUCACGACUACCGUCGAGCCCUUGGGAGCUCUGAGUCCUUCAGCAACGGGCUUGAACAGAGCCGGUGCCUACCACCUUCUCGGCGGCUUUUGGAGCGGCGGAAAAUAA